AUGCACUCCAACGGGUCGACACAACGGGCUUUCCCUCCGGGCAUCCACGGGCCUUCCGUGACCUUCUUCAACGAUGACGACCAGCAGGAUAUCGACUGGGUGACGCAGGAGCGCCACUUGGAGUAUCUCGUCACCUCUGGCUUACAAGGCGUUGUCAUCGCGGGUUCCAGCGGCGAGUCGUGCACCCUCAGUCAAGACGAAAAGGCCCAGCUGGUUCGAAGAACAAGACAAAUCGCCCAGGCAAAGGGAAAGGACAACUUCGCCGUCACCAUCGGCUGUCUGGGUGGCAGCACCCGCGACAUCGUCCAGCAAACGCUGGUCGGCCACCAGAACGGCGCAGACUUCGCCCUCGUCCUCGUUCCGUCGACGUUCCACUGGGCCAUGACCAAGCAGGCCAUUGUCGAGUUCUUCCAGGAGGUCGCGGACCGGUCUCCGAUCCCUGUCAUGAUCUAUAACUUCCCGAACCUGCUGUCUGGCUUGGAUGUGGAUUCGGACAUGUUGGACACCCUCGGUGCACAUCCGAAUAUCUGCGGCGUCAAGCUGACCUGUGGAGGGAUUGCAAAGGUCACCAGGGUGGCCGCUGCGUUUCCACCGAGUCAGUUUGGUGCAGUGUCGGGGAUGAGCGACUGGCUUGUGCCGGCCCUGUCUGUGGGCGCAAUCGGGUGUAUCUCAGGCGUGGCAAACGUGUUUCCGCGGGUAAUGGUUGAAAUGUGCAACCUCUACAAGGACGGAAAAAUCGCACAGGCGGCCGAGCUGCAGAAGAAGCUGGGAAAGCCCGAAUGGGGAAUCGCUACAUCAGACGUCAAUGGCAUGAAAUGGAUCAUCACCAAGAUGCAUGGAUAUCCGGAGUCGAGCGCACACUGUCGACGGCCAUUCCCUAGGUUCGUGGAUGCAGAGAAGCAGGCGCGUGCUCUUAAGUUGGUGGCGCCUUUUGCUGCAGUGGAGAAGGAGUUAACUUCAAAGGUGUAG